AUGAAUAUCAAUACAAAAUAUUAUGCAGCAUACAUAGGUGAUUUGGCUAUGUAUACUAGCUAUAAUAUUGAUUUUUACAAUUUAGAUGAUUCAGAAAUUAAAUGUAUUAAACAUGGUAUAUUAGUAAAUACAGAAUUUGCUUGUUUUAUCCGUAAAGAAUAUCUGGGUAGAGAUAAAUAUAAUUUUAUUAAACAUUGGGUUUCAAGAAUUAUUUGUUUUGAUCAAAUAAAGGAGCCAGAAAUGAGAGUUUUUAAACCAUUUUAUUUGUGGAUAACUCCAGUUCCUAAAUCUAACACUUUUAAAAGUUUAUUAAAUAACUAUAGUCAUUUAAAGUAUAAUGUAGGCAAAGCUUUAAUUAUGUAUGCAGAUGAUUACAAUAAAUUUAACAAAAUAUACUUUGAAUAUGAUUUUGAGCCAGAAUUGGAAUUAUUUAAAAGUGCAGCAUUAACAUGUAAUGAAGAAGUUUAUAAUGACCAAUUAGAAAAAGCAAAGAAGUUAGGGUAUUUUUAUAUUUAUUUGGAUAUGGAAAAUGAAAUUGUCUUAGAAAAACCUAAUAAAAUUGAUUAUAAAAAUAUUAAUGUUGAAUUAAGUUUUGAUAUAUCUAUUUAUGAUUUUUUAAAAGUAGAUUUUAUAACUAAUAACGUAAAUUUACCAGAAUUUGAUUCUAAAAGAUUAGAAAUAUUUAAAGAAGAUUAUGAAGAAUAUGAAAAUUUUGAUUGUUGA